AUGAACUGGUUACUCUAUUAUAAAUCAAGUCCACUAGAGCACCAUUACUUACACAUAUUAUGGAACCCGGCAGUCGGGCUGGUGCCUGCGUUCAGGUUGCCCGAAAGGCUCGUUCCAGUCUCGUUUGAUGUAAUCGGUCAGAGUCAUCAGCUAUUCCAUAUUACGUCAUUUAUUGCAUCUAAAUAUCAGUUCGAGGCAGUGAUCAAGGACUGUUUACUCAAGCGGGGGCAGAUUAACACGGAUGUGGUGUCAGCACUUAGCGUCGAGGCGAUUCUUCUAGUGGUUUUUACAGAUCUGGUUAUUUUGUGCUAUUUUUCAAUCAAGUUGUACAAAUCAACAGAUAAAGAAGAGAAGCUAAAUUAUAAUAAAAUGGACUGA